AUGAACCCGUGGCAGUGGAUGCAGAUGGUGUCAGGUGCACCUACGGACGCAGCGUGCGCCCCGCGCCCCGAGGUGGGCAUGUCCCUCCUCUCGACGCCGCCGGCGCCUGUGCCAGCGGCGGCGCUCAAGCAUGAUAUGGACCCCACGACGACGGCGAUGCUCGUCCCGCCGUACGAUGCGGCGUCACUUGAGCUGCAAGUCAUGGGCGACGAGCCGUGCGACACCGAGUCGGUGAUGAUGCGGCCGCGGCACGCAACGACGAUCGAGAUCCCACUGCGUCUCGCAUGGCCACUCAUCGAGGCGCCGACGAAUCCGUACGUGGACCUGCCGCGCCACCUGCGCCACUACGGCCUGGAAGCCGAGGCCCUCGAGUUUGCGCGCUCGCACGCGACAUGCGACUUUGUGCUGGAAGCGUUCCUGACGAUGCACAAGCUGCCGCGCCAGGAGGCAUCGGGCGCCUCGCUCGUGAGUCAGGCGGGGGAAGAGCUGCUGCAUGCGCUCGAGCAGGCCCUGCGUGCGCGCGAGCCGAGUGUGCAAGAGCAGCUCGCCUGCACGGCCAUGGCCGUGGCAGCUGUGCCUCCCGAGCACGUAGCGCUUCCACCGAGUGUGUGCCUGCCAUGGACGAACGGCAUGCGCUCCCUGCCGAUGCCAGCGAUGCCGACGCACAUCCUCGCCGUGUGUGCGUCGACCAUGUCCACCGAGUUCGGCCACUGGGCCUCGACGCCGUGCACGCUCGUCCCGGUCCACUGGAUCGUGUAUGUGCUGCAGUGCACGCAGCUGCCUGCUGUGCCUGCACAGGCGGCAGCGGCCGCUGCGUCGCAGGGCCAGGUUCCCCUCGUGCCGCUCGCCGUGCCGUACCCACAGCACUGGGCGAUUCUGCACCGCUGGCUGUAUACCCGCGACAUGGCUAAACUCUUGGCGAGUCUCGUGCCUCUCAGCGCCGUGCUGCAGUACGUGCAUGGCCACGGCACCGAGGGUCUCGGUGCGUCUGCGCCGCUCGAUGCGCUGGCGUGCGUGUCGCUUUCGGUGCUGGUGCGACUCGCGCUACGGAUCCGCGCUACGUGGCACAAUGCGCAGAGCGUCGGGAUCAUCGCCGAGGCGUUUUGGACCACCCUCGCACGAGCUUGGGACAUGGUCGUGCAUGCUAUGGUUCUGCGCAAGGCACGCGUCCCGCCGCGUGUCGUGCCGGCCAGUGCCUAG